ACCAAUGAUAAAAUUGAAAAUAAAGAACCUAUUGAUUUUUGUUAAUUAACAAUUUCAAACCAUACAUUUGAUACGAGGUUAAUCCAUAUUUUGAUUAUCUUCUAGAGAUAUCUUUUCAAUUUUUGAGCAUUUCCUUAAUAGGUCUGCAAAACAAAGAGCUUUUCUUUAAUUUAUAUUUCCAGCAAACCAUUUUUUCAUCUAAAUUCACAUAUUUUAGAUCAGUGAUUUUCAGAGUUUGUUUGUUAGAAGACUUUUUCAAAAUUUUACUAAUAAUUUCCAUGCUCUGCCAAAUUUUAUUUUGCAGAUAUACUUUUUCCAAUUUCCAGAGAUCCAUUAAUGCAACUCCAAUAAUUUCAGCCGUAUUUUGAUCUAUGUUAAAGUUAUUCAGACCAAUAAUUUUCAAAUUUUCAGAUGAAUUUCUAAGGCCAUCGAAGAUACAUGAUAAAUCCAUAUUUCUAUUCCAUCCCAGAAGCAUCUCCUCAAUCAUAGAGUAGUGUUUUAGCAGAUUUUCAACAUAAACGCAUUGAUCUUCAUUCAAAUCACAAAAAUCGAAAAGAAAAGUUUUUUGAUUUGUUAGCAAAUGUUAAGCAAUCCAUUACCAAUAAGUAUUUCACUCUUUGCAGUAGUCUGACAGCACUAUCCACUUCUCCUUCUGUCUUACAUUUACCUCGAAAGAUCAUGGAUUUUUUUUUUAUUUUGUGUUGUAAUACUGUCCUUCAUACCAAUUUGUUGUGUUUCGUGAACUUUAUAGUUGAUAGUAUUUAAUGCUUUUCAUUCUUGUUUUGCAGUGGCACAUGUCCAAAAUUACAUGUCCUAACCCUGAACAUUGCUAAUAAAAGGAAGUAUUUUAAAUUAUCAUCCUUGUUUUCUUUUUACUUCCUAUUAGAUAUAUAUAAAUUUGAUAGCAACGGUUUUAUCAAAACGGAUAUCCUAUCAAAUUUUUGAAAAAGAAAGAAUGAUAACAUAAAAAACAAGCAUUUUAUGACAGAUGCAAUGGCGGCAUUAUUGAUAUUUUCCUUUAAUUUUAAAAUGGCAAAGUUAAUAUCAAUGAAAACUUUCAUUCGGUUUUGUCAAAGACUUACAAAAUUAUUUAGGCAAAAAAUGAACAAAUACGAAACCCUGUUUGUAAUUAUCAUAAUUGUGCUAUUUGGUUUGUCAGCGAAAGAGGUGUUGACUAAUUUAGAUUUUGAGGAUGACAUUGAUGAUGAUAACAAUAAUGAUUUGUGCACAGAAAGUUAUAGAAAUUGUGCUUUAAAAUUGACUGAUAAAUCUCACAUUUUCAAUAUAGAAAAAUCCUGUAAAAUUUUGAGAGAAAUGAAUGUUUGCAUGGCAACAGUAAAGCCCAUCAUCUGUCAAGUAAAAGGCCUUGCUAUGGAUUUAAUGACAGAUACAACAAAUUUAAUUUGUGCUCCAGGAUGCAGAAAGCAUUUAUCCAAACUUGAUGGAUUAGAUACAAGAUAUUGUAGCAUACACGAUAAACAGAGAGAACAGAUCAAGAAAUGUGGUCUUCAUCAACUGAUAAUUAACCCAAAUGUAAAUAUUCAACAUCUACUAAAAACACUUUUCAAGGUUUAAAAGAUAAUUCCUCUUCUCGUGCUAUUAAUCUUCCUCCUAAUCCUUAUCCUAAUCCAUCAAUGCAUAAGUAACUUACAUUCUAAUUGACAUUGAUUAGCAGUGGAAUGUGUAUAUGUCACGUGACCUUAAACAAAAUCUAUAUUGAAACUUUGUCAGUUUGUUAUGUAAUCUGUGUAUUUUAUGAAUAAGCAAAAUAUAUCAAGCAAUAAAAUAUUGUGUACAAAAAUUACAGAUACGACAGAAAAGAAUUGCACAGUUUAACCCUAACCUAGCCCUUGGCUCUCUUUAAUCUUUUUGAUUACUCCUAACCCUUAGAAAUUACAAUAGUUUUCUGAUUUUUUUUCUUAUUUGGCCAUAAGACAUGUGUCUUGGAACAAUGUUAAAUUGUUAAAUUGGUUGGCUAUUUAUGUAUGUGCCCACCCUCUCUUUCUAUGCACUUCCUUAUUAUUUUAGAGACGUUGUCUUUUCGCCAAAUGUUGUUGUUGAUACAUGGAAUUGUUGGAAUAUUUCUACAAAUACUUUUAAAGUUCCUCUAACAGGCAUUUAUUAUAUUACAUUCAACAUCCCAAAUAGAG